AGAAGCGGAUAGGGAAAACGUAAGGGCCGAGUAUGUUGUGGAUAGAAACUGUAUUAACCGCUUGCAUUGCUCCCUGAAAGUGGAAAGUGGAAAGUAAUGGCUUCUACUACCCCCUUCAAAUGCAAACCACUGCUUCCCCUUCCUCUUUCUCCUUUCCCUAAACCAAACCCAACCGCUUCAUCUCGUUCCUUCAAACAUCCCUCUCAUCACCGAGGAAACGUCGCUGUCUCCGUUGCCUUCAACCCCCAAGCCAACUUCGACGACCUCUCCCUCUUUGAUGAUGAUGAUGAACCUAAAGUUGCACCUCCUCUGCCUCCAGCUGAAGGCCGAUUUGAUGUUGUUAUUGACAAUGAUGUUAUUUCUCGUCUCGACUUGUCCCCAUUUCAAGCUGCAACAGGCAUGAAAAACCCUUUAUCAGUAAAACCAAAAGAGUUUCUUGAGCGCACAAUUGGCUUCACCAUCAACUAUACUAGAGAAGAUCCCCGUGAUCCUCGAGAAUUAUCAGAGUAUCCUGAUAUUAGGAUAUGGUUUGUGAGACUCGAUGCUACUUAUCCAUGGUUGCCAGUUUUGUUGGAUUGGAGAGCAGGAGAGCUGGCUCGUUAUGCUGCUAUGUUGGUUCCUCAUCAGAUGAAUAUAAAAAUGGGGGUUGUUUUCAAUCCGGAGGCAUUGGAACUGUUUGUUAUGAAGAAAGUUUUUAUUGUGUAUUCCUGGUUGAAGCAUCACAACAUUCCCAACCCUAAAAUAAAGACAAAUGAUAUGGCCAGAAUGCUUGGAUUUGGAAUUGGAGAUGAACUAUAUGACCUAGUUGAGAAGCAUCCGCUUGAUCUAUCGUAAAAGGACACAAAAAAGUACUCUGAAUCAGUACCCUAAGAAUAAGAAUAUUUUUUCUUGACUCGGUUGAUCUGAUGUAAUGUGAAGUGUAUCAGCAUUUUAAGAGUAACUAGACUUGCAAAGGAGCAGUGAGAUUGGUAUAGCAAUAUAGCAUGAGUCAUAAAGAUUAAAAAAUAAAAAAUGGAGCUAAUAAUAUAGUUUUUUGUAACACUACGAAAGAAACAUCAAGCUAAGGGUUUGCUUAUAGCUAAUGCUUCCCAAGAGUUUCAUAUUCA